AUGGCUGCUGCUGAGAGACCCGUAAAGGAUCUCUGUGAUGAAUCCACUUGCUCCAUCUGCCUGGAGUAUUUCAAGGAUCCAGUGACCAUCCCAGAGUGUGGGCACAACUUCUGCCGAGGCUGCCUGAUCCAAUGCUGGGUGGAAUCGGAGGGAGAGGCUUCCUGCCCUCAGUGCAGAAGAGCAGUCCAGCAAAAUAAUCUCAUCCCCAACCGGCAACUGGCUAACUUUGUGGAAAUAACCAAGAAGUUGAGUCUCCAAAGCGGGGAGGAGGAACAAGGAAAGGGGAGAGUUUGUCAGAAGCACCAGGAGCCCCUGAAGCUUUUUUGUAAGGAGGAAGAAACCCCCAUCUGCGUGGUGUGUGACAGGUCCAAGGAGCACAGACAUCAUGAGGUGAUCCCUCUGGAGGAGGCUUCUCAAGAGUACAAGGUAGGAAAUCACUCGGGAUCUUGAUGGGGUAAAGAGCUGUGGGUUUUCUUGGGAGGUUUUCUGUAAUUCUUAGGUUCAACUACACGUGACAUUAACACACCCUCCAAGUGUCCCUAUUUUCUAGGGACAGUCCCGGAUUUACAGAAGCCAUCCCAGUAUCUGAUUUGAUCCUGAAGUGUCCUUUUUUCCUUAUGACAUCCCUAUUUUCAUCAGAAAAUGGAUUUUCCUGCUUUGUCCUGGAUCUUAGGCAAGUGAGAAAGAAAAACGCUCAACAACGUUUGGGGUGUCCUGGUUUUUGAAAUAUGGCAUUCCUACUGGAGGGUAUGCAAAAAUUUCCUGAGAUCUUGUUUAAAUAGCCAUUGAGAAGCUUGAGGUCUCAUGGGAGGUGGGUGGCACAAGUGUAAUUUUUUUCUCUGUGUGCCAAAGGGGGCUUCACUUGAAAUCCAUAUGAGGGUGCCAAAAUACCAAAGAUUACCACAGUCUGUCCCUGAUGCCAUCCACUAUUACAAAAGCUGCCCCAAGUCUUGUGAAGUUUUGUCUGACUGCCCCCACACUUGCAAUGAAGACUCCUGAGGCAAAGUGAUGGUAGAAAAAGGUUUAUAUUUCUUAACAAGUCAAAAAUUUGCAAACCAAAUUUAGAAUUUGCAGGCAGGCCUAAAACUACGCACACAUUUGUGGUUUAAAAUGCAGUGAUGUCACUUCAAAUCACAUUUGCACCUUGGUAGGCUCAGCUGGUGGAAUUAGUAACCAGAGUAGGACCUGACUGCCUGGGCGCAGCAGGCUAGAGAGGGAAGAAGUACACUUUUUAAUGAGAACCCUUCUCUGUGCUAUUAUGAAUAAAAACAAAAUUCUGAUUUUGUUUCAGGAGCAUCUUUUUAAAAGGCCUUUUACUUUCUUUAAAAAAAAAAACCCACUACACUUGUUUUUCUACACUAGCGCAAAUAUGCUCUUGUGCAAUGUAAUAAAGGUAAAGGUAAAGGUACCUCUGCCCGUACGGGCCAGUCUUGACAGACUCUAGGGUUGUGCACCCAUCUCACUCAAGAGGCCGGGGGCCAGCGCUGUCCGGAGACACUUCCGGGUCACGUGGCCAGCGUGACAAAGCCACAUCUGGCGAGCCAGCGCAGCACACGGAAACGCCGUUUACUUUCCCGCCAGUAAGCAGUCCCUAUUUAUCUACUUGCACCCGGGGGUGCUUUCGAACUGCUAGGUUGGCAGGCGCUGGGACCGAGCAACGGGAGCGCACCCCGUCGCGGGGAUUCGAACCGCCGACCUUUCCCCUAGGCGCUGAGGCUUUUACCCACAGCGCCACCGGCGUCCCAUGUGCAAUGUAAUAAUAACAAUUCAAAGUAAAAGUAAUAAUAAUGAAAUGAAACUUCUCAUAACAGCCUUGCUUUUAAAAAUGUCUAUCUAGAAACCUGAGGAGAAAACACAGUUUUGGGGAGGGGGGAGCAGCUAAACCUUAAGACUCUUAAUUUCAGGGUCGUGGGCUCAAGCCCCAUGUUUGGCAAAAGAUUCCUGCUUUUCAGGGGAUUGGGCUAAAUAAUGAUGAUGAUAAUGAUGUUGAUGAUGAUUUACACCCUGCCCAUCUGGCUGGGUUUCCCCACACACUCUGGGUGGAUUAAAGGUAAAGGUAAAGGACCCCUGACAGUUAAGUCCAGUCGCGAAUGACUCUGGGGUUGUGGCGCUCAUCUCGCUUUAUUGGUGGAGGGAGCCGACGUUGGUCCGCAGACAGUUUUUCCGGGUCAUGUGGCCAGCAUGACUAAGCUGCUUCUGGCGAACCAGAGCAGCGCACAGAAACGCCAUUUACCUUCCCGCCGGAGCGGUACCUAUUUAUCUACUUGCACUUUGACGUGCUUUCGAACUCCUAGGUUGUGAGAAGCUAGGACCGAGCAAUGGGAGCUCACCCUGUCGCAGGGAUUCGAACCGCCGACCUUCCGAUUGAUAAGUCCUAGGCUCAGUAGUUUAGACCACAGCGCCACCUGAGUCCCUAUAUAAAAGCAUAGUAAAACAUCAAACUUUAAAAACUUCCCGAUACAGGGCUGUCCUCAGAUGUCUUUUAAGUUAUGUAGUUCUUUAUCUCCUUGACAUCUGACGGGAGGGUGUUCCAUUGGGAGAGUGGAACCAGGAGAAGACCCUCUGAGGAGGACCUCAGUCUGGGCUGAAUGAUGGGGUUGGAGAUGCUCUUUCAGGUGUACUGGGCUGAGGCCAUUUAGGGCUUUAAAGGUCAGCAACAACACUGAAUUGUGCUUGGAAACGUACUGGGAGCCACUGAAGAUCCUUUAGGAUCUUACAUGGUCUUGGCAGCCACUCCCAGUCAUCAGUCUAGCUGGAUUAGUUGUAGUUUUCGAGUCACCUUCAAAGGUAGCCCCAAGUAGUGUGCAUUGCAGCAGUCUAAGCGGGAGAUAACCAGGGUAUGCACCACUCUGGCAAGACAGUGCACAGGCAGGUAGGGUCUCAGCUGGCGUACCACAUGGAGCUGGUAGACAGCUGCCCUGGACACAGAAUUGACCUGUGUCUCCAUGGACAGCAGUGAGUCCAAAAUGACUCCCAGGCUGUGCACCUGGCCCUUCAGGGGCACUGUUACCCCACACCCACCUGUCCCCCCAAAACAGUACUUCUUAAUCCUUGUGGUCUCUUCCAACUACAGUUCUAUGAUUCUAUGAAUCUCCCAGAGCAAGUGUCAGAAACUAAAAUGUACCAGAGAGAUUAUCAGUUAAAAAGCUAAGAGCAGAGCCACUGGGCAAUAGAAUGGAGCAUAGUGCUUGACUUCUCUUUAUCUCUCUUUAUUGGUCUUAGUCACAAUCUGAGAUUUUGUUUUCUCUUUAGGGAAUAAUAGGUAACUGCCUGGAAAUUCUGAGGAAAGAGAAAGAAACAAUUCUGAAAUAUGACGCAGACCUGGAGAAGGAAAGCCAAGACCUCCUUGUAAGUGUCACUAUUGUUAGUAGGAAGGGAACAACUACUUGGCGAAUCAAGUAGGGUCUGAGGAGGGAUGGGGAAAUCUACUUUUGUUUCUCUCAGUUUCAUAUAUUUCUGUCUUAAAUUCACUUCUCCACAUCUCCACUUCACUUAUUAUUUUUUUAAGUCCUAAUGAAAAUCCAUCAGUAUUUUAGUACCAUUUUCUGCUAAUAUACAUAUUUUUACAUGAGGUUUUGCCCAGUAUACACAUAUUUUGCAAAGCACUAUCCCCUAAUUCCUUUUUCUAGGCCAUUACCUUAAUAAAUACAUUUUCAUGCACACUUUAACCUUAGUAUCUGCAUUUUGUAGGCAUUACCUGGCCUCCUCUUUUCUUCUUUCUAUCUGCUUCUUGCAGAAAUUAACAGAAACUCAGAGGCAGAAGACAGUGGAGGAAUUCAGACAACUGCGCCAAAUUCUGGAAAAACAAGAAAAAUGUCUGCUGAAUGAGAUAGAACAGAUGGAGGAGGAAAUUGCAACGAGAUGGAAUGAGCACCUGGCCACACUCUCCGGAAAUCUCUCCUCUCUUGAAAGUAUCAUCCAGGAAAUGGAGGAGAAGAGUCAGCAGCCAGCGAGUGAACUCCUGCAGGUAGGAUGGUGGCGGCAGGAACAGCACAAGGCUGGAAAAGGGUGCCUGCAUACUUUUAUGCGUCUCAAGUAGUAGAGAGGCUGUUUAUUGAGCCUCUAGCUAGGUCUGUUCUGUACAGGAGCAUCCCAGAGAACAAGGAUGGUUUAUUCACUGGAGAUUCUUGUUCAGUGCUGAUUAAUUAAUUUAUUUAUUAUAUAAUAUAUUAUUAUUUAUUGAAUUGAUAUCCUACCCUUCCUCCCCAAGACAGAGGCGUAGGAACAUCAGGUGGUACCUGGUGCGGAAAAUUUCUUGUCACCCCCCCCUUUGUCACCCCCCCCCCACUGCUCCACUGAAUUGAAUUUUCAGCCUUCCCAACAUAGGAAAAUGGCCAAGUAAACAGCUAUUUUCGUGGAGGAGGGUCAAGAUAUUAACUGAUAUGCAUGAAAUUUAAUAUAUAGCUAUAUAAUCCCUAGUGUAGUAAGAUAAGACCUUUGGAGCAAGCAUUUUAAAAAAAAAGUUUUUUAUGAACCGCCCUAGUAGGGCAGUAAUUGUUUCUUGAUAAUUUGUCACCCCCCUUCAUGAUGGCACCUGGGGUGACCCGCCCCCCGCCCCCUUCCCACGCCCCUGCCCCAAGGGGCCUCUGGCAGCAGAUUACAAUACAAAAUCGAAAACAAAGUAAAAAGCAUUUUAAAAACCAUUUCAAUUAAAAGCAUUGAGAACAACUGCAGUUAAAAGCAUUCUAAAAGCAAUUACAAUUUUAAAACUGACUUCCCUCUCAUGAUGUCGAGGUUGCCAGGAGCAGUGUUCUUCAGCUAUCAGAUGCCUGGGUAAACAGGCAUAUUCACAUUCCUCCUGUAAGUUUUCAUGCUACGGGUUUCCCCCCCAUAGAAUUGUAGAGUUGGAAGGGAUCCCAAGGGUCAUCUAGCCAACCCCCUGCAAUGCAGAAAUCUCAACUAAACCAUCCAAACUUCUGCUUAAAAACCUCCAAUGAAGGAGAGUCCACCACUGUCAGAGGGAGUCCAUUCCACUGUCGAACUGCUCUUACUGUAAGAAAGUUUUUCUUGAUGUUUAGUCUGAAUCUCCUUUCUUCUAACUUGAAGCUAUUGGUUUGAGUUCUGCCCUCCUGAGCAGAGGAAAACAAGCUUGCUCUAUCUUCCAUGGCAUAGCCCUUUAAAUAUUUGAAGAUGGCUACCAUAUCUCCUCUCAGUCUCCUUGGUUUUUUUUUUUUUUAAUGUUUCCAGAAUCAAAAUGGUAAGCAGUAACUGGCUGAGAUUUGAGGUUGCUGUAGGGGUGAGUAUUUAUGACAAUAUCCCAGAAAGACUACACCAUGUUGGCUUAUGUGUCUACUGUACAAUGAAAAUUAUACGGAAAAGGGUGGGAUGCCACAAUUUUUUGGUGAAUAAAAUCAGAUGAAUGUUCAGAAGUUAAAACCCAAAACUAGCAAUGGCAAAGAAAUUCCAUUGGCUUUGCACUUAAAGGUGAAACCACCAAAUGGGUAAUAAAUAGUUACAAAAAUUCAUACAGUAUCGUAAAAUGAAAAUAACGUAGGGGGAAAAAUUAAAUUGCAGAAAAUUGCUUUGCAAAAUGUGUGUUUAAUGCAAAACCGCACAUAAAAAUAUGUAUAUGUACUAAGAGAACUUAACACUAAAGUGCCAAUAACUUUUCAGAAGGGACUUUUAUCAAUUUCAAACUGAGAGAUAACAACAUUGGCUGAUUGAACUAUUCCUAUCUAAAAAAUUGGUGUGUACUGGGCAGACUGACAUCCAAGGGCCAGGGUCUGUGGAGGUCUUCCUAGUGUGGCCUGUGGUGUGCAGUGAAUUCCUUUCUCUUUUCCCCUCUAGGAUGUGAGAAGCACCUUGCAGAGGUGAGUGGAUCCUGCUCAUUUCCAUUAGCAUCACUCUGUAAGGUUGGGAAAAAGCCAGAAGGACAGUACAUAAAACCUGGCCCUCCAAGCUCCUGAUGGAGAGACCGUUGGACACACUCCAUCAUUUCACUGGCACAGAUAGGGGCCUCUCUUUUGAACUUGUAGCACCCCUAUUCUCAACCCAAGGAUCAGGCCCAAAACACUCCCUCCCCUCAUCACACAUGGCUGGAGGUUCUUCUCUGCCUGCCUGAAGUUCUGUUCAUUGACUCUGGAAACAUUUCAAACAAAUGAUUAAAAAGCCAUAAUAAAGGCAAGGCUGGAAUUUCUACUGAGUGAUGGAACAGAGAGGGCAGGCAUGGCCCUACCAAUGGGCAGAGUGUGUCUGUCGCCUCAGGCAGCAAGUGCUGCAGUGGGUGGUUCCCAUUUUCCUGAGACAGCACCUCAGCAGCAGGAGGGCUUAACUCUUAUUGGCCUGGGCUACCUGUUCAUCUCACAUAGUCACCUUCUCGUCAUCUACAAUGCGUCACAGCCAAGGACUGGGAAAGGGCCCUGACUGAGGGAGCAGGCAGAGAAGCAGGCACCUCAGGCCCACACCCUUGACUACACCAGGCAUGGUGAGGGCCCAUGCACUGCUCUUCUCCCAUGACAGACCCGGACUACCACCGUCUCAGCAUGGCAGCAUCUGCUUGAGAUGGCAGGAAGCCUUUUCUCAUGAGGGCUUUUACACCUGCUAUACUAUAUUUUGCUGAAGACUAUUGUGGAGGAGAUAGAACAAGGCUUGGAGACACACCAGGGGUCUAUGUGGGUGAGGGUCCUGGAGGAUCAGUUUCUUCUCUGUUGUCCCUUGCACUGUAAAAGAUCUGCCUCUUUCUCUGAGAGCAUGUGGUUCUACAGCAGAGGUUAUCUAAAUUGUCCAAGCAGGAUACCAGCAGAUAUUAUGACCUUACUCAAGUGUUGCUAAGGGAAAGUUGCAAUAAUUCCACGCAACCAGUGCCUUAGUUGAUCCCAUCAAGAACUGCCAGUCAGCAGCAAAUGCUAAUGUACCACUCAGGUUCAGAUUAGAAGUUACAGCAGCAACCAUCUUGUUUUUCUCUACACCUUCUCUGGAGACAUCUAGAGAAGGGAAAUGUGUGUUGUGCUAUCAUUGCACUCAGGAUAAUUCGUGGCCCUCACCUGUGGAAGGCAAUGAAGUGAAGUUGGAGGAGAGAAACUCUUGAGCGUUACGAUAGUACAUUGUUAUGUACUGAAGUUUUCACCCUGGGCCAGCAGGGGGAUACUGUAGAUAGUUUUCACACAUGUCCACAUAUGCAAAUAAGAGAUUAAAAGUGAUGUUCAGUGAUUGGAUAGUUACAGAAAAUGGUUACUGUUGAGUUGUAGUGGAGCUCUAUAUAAGCAGGCUGGCCGAACCCUUCAGUUCAGUUCUGUUCUGGCCUGUGAAUAAACAAGAGUUGUCUGAAGAAUCGCUGUGUCAUCUGAUAUGUUCACCCACAACUUAACAUACAUAAUGUUUCUUAUUUGAAUAGAAAUAAGUGGGGAGACUCAGGGAUCUGCAGUUGCCUUUCUGGUCCUCGGGUGUCUGGCUGUGAAGUCUAUACUGAGGGGAAAUCUCUGCCUCUGUGCCUGCCUGUCUCUCUAGAGUCUAGACUUCUACCAUUUUCUCUCUCUUACUUUUAAAAUUUUGCUUUACUGUACUAGAAAUUAUGGAUUUGGGAGGUUAACAUUCUUUUCCCCAUCAGGUAUGAGAGAAGAGAGAGACUGGCGAAUGCACUUUCCUUCCCUCUAAAGCUAAAAUGGAAGACCUGCAGAUUCUGUGAUACAAAUCUCCUUCUGGAGGACAUCAUGAAGGAAUUCAAAGGUAAUGAAGAAUGGCGGCAAGGAUUUUGUGCUGGGCAUUAUAUUAGUCCAACACAGAGCAUGCCAGGCUCUUAGGCAUUGUAUUUUGCUUUUGCUGUGGACAUGGGUUGGCAUGAUCAUAACUUCUCUCUUGGUGCUCCAGCCAUCAUUGUAUUUUCUCCAAAAUGCCUCAUAUGCAUUGGCACCCUGGGGCAUGAGAAAUUGUGUCUGCCACUUGUAAAGAAAGCCUUGUUGUUUAGUCGUGUCCGACUCUUUGUGACCCCAUGGACCAGAGCAUGCCAGGCACUUCUGUCUUCCACUGCCUCCCGCAGUUUGGUCAAACUCAUGCUGGAAGCUUCAAAGACACUAUCCAACCAUCUCGUCCUCUGUUGUCCCCUUCUUCUUGUGCCCUCAAUCUUUCCCAACAUCAGAGUCUUUUCCAGGGAGUCUUCUCUUCUCAUGAGGUUUUGUAGCCUCAGCUUCAGGAUCUGUCCUUCCAGUGAGCACUCAGGGCUGAUUUCCUUAAGAAUGGAUACGUUUGAUCUUCUUGCAGUCCAUGGGACUCUCAAGAGUCUCCUCCAGCACCAUAAUUCAAAAGCAUCAAUUCUUCGGCGAUCAGCCUUCUUUAUGGUCCAGCUCUCACUUCCAUACAUCACUGCUGGGAAAACCAUAGCUUUUACUAUACGGACCUUUGUUGGCAAGGUGAUGUCUCUACUUUUUAAGAUGCUGUCUAGGUUUGUCAUUGCUUUCCUCCCAAGAAGCAGGCGUCUCUUAAUUUCAUGGCUGCUGUCACCAUGUGCAGUGAUCAUGGAGCCCAAGAAAGUAAAAUCUCUCACUGCCUCCAUUUCUUCCCCUUCUAUUUGCCAGGAGGUGAUGGGACCAGUGGCCAUGAUCUUCGUUUUUUUGAUGUUGAGCUUCAGACCAUAUUUUGCGCUCUCCUCUUUCACCCUCAAUAAAAGGUUCUUUAAUUCCUCCUCACUUUCUGCCAUCAAGGUUGUGUCAUCUGCAUAUCUGAGGUUGUUGAUAUUUCUUCCAGCAAUCUUAAUUCCGGCUAGGGAUUCAUCCAGCCCAGCCUUUCGCAUGAUGAAUUCUGCAUAUAAGUUAAAUAAGCAGGGAGACAAAAUACAGCCUUGUCAUACUCCUUUCCCAAUUUUGAACCAAUCAGUUGUUCCAUAUCCAGUUCUAACUGUAGCCUCUUGUCCCACAUAGAAAUUUCUCAGGACACAGAUGAGGUGAUCAGGCACUCCCAUUUCUUUAAGAACUUGCCAUAGUUUGCUGUGGUCGACACAGUCAAAGGCUUUUGCAUAGUCAAUGAAGCAGAAGUACAUGUCUUUCUGGAACUCUCUAGCUUUCUCCAUAAUCCAGCGCAUGUUUGCAAUUUGGUCUCUGGUUCCUCUGCCUCUUCUAAAUCCAGCUUGCACUUCUGGGAGUUCUCGGUCCACAUACUGCUUUAGCCUUCCUUGUAGAAUUUUAAGCAUAACCUUGCUAGCAUGUGAAAUGAGUGCAAUUGUGCGGUAGUUGGAGCAUUCUUUAGCACUACCCUUCUUUGGGAUUGGGAUGUAGACUGAUCUUCUCCAAUCCUCUGGCCACUGCUGAGUUUUCCAAACUUGCUGGCAUAUUGAGUGUAGCAAAUUAACAGCAUCAUCUUUUAAAAUUUUAAAUAGUUCAGUUGGAAUACCAUCACUUCCACUGGCCUUGCUAUUUGCAGUGCUUUCUAAGGCCAUUUGACUUCACUCUCCAGGAUGUCUGGCUCAAGGUCAGCAACCACACUACCUGGGGUGUACGAGACAUCCAUAUCUUUCUGGUAUAAUUCCUCCGUGUAUUCUUGCCACCUCUUCUUGAUAUCUUCUGCUUCUGUUAGGUCCUUACCACUUUUGUUCUUUAUUAUGGUAAUCUUUGAACGAAAUGUUCCUUUCAUAUCUCCAAUUUUCUUGAACAGAUCUCUAGUUCUUCCCAUUCUGUUGUUUUCCUCUAUUUCUUUGCAUUGCUCAUUUAAGAAGGCCUUCUUGUCUCUCCUUGCUAUUCUUUGGAAAUCUGCAUUCAAUUUCCUGUAUCUUUCUCCAUCUCUCUCGCAUUUUGCUUGCCUUCUCUCCCCCGCUAUUUGUAAGGCCUCAUUGGGCAGCCACUUUGCUUUCUUGCAUUUCCUUUUCAUUGGGAUGGUUUUCAUUGCUGCCUCCUGUAUAAUGUUAUGAGCCUCCAUCCAUAGUUCUUCAGGCACUCUGUCCAGCAAAUCUAAAUCCUUAAACCUGUUCCUCACUUCCACUGUGUAUUCAUAAGGGAUUUGAUUUAGAUUGUAUCUUACCGGCCCAGUGGUUUUUCCUACUUUCUUCAGUUUAAGCUUGAAUUUUGCUAUAAGAAGCUGAUGAUCUGAGCCACAGUCAGCUCCAGGUCUUGUUUUUGCUGACUGUAUAGAGCUUCUCCAUCUUUGGCUGCAGAGAAUAUAAUCAAUCUGAUUUUGAUGCUGCCCAUCUGGUGAUGUCCACGUGUAGAGUCGUCUCUUGCGUUGUUGGAAAAGCGUGUUUGUGAUGACCAGCUUGUUCUCUUGACAGAACUCUAUUAGCCUUUGCCCUGCUUCAUUUUGCUCUCCAAGGCCAAACUUGCCAGUUGUUCCUUUUAUCUCUUGAUUCCCUACUUUAGCAUUCCAAUCCCCUAUAAUGAGAAGAACAUCCUUCUUUGGUGUCACUUCUAUAAGGUGUUGUAAGUCUUCAUAGAAGUGGUCAAUUUCAGUUUCUUCAGCACCAGUAGUUGGUGCAUAAACUUGGAUUACUGUUAUGUUAAAAGGUCUGCCUUGGAUUCGUAUCGAGAUCAUUCUAUCAUUUUUGAGAUUGCAUCCCAGUACAGCUUUCGCCACUCUUUUGUUGACUAUGAGGGCCACUCCAUUUCUUUUGCGGGUUUCUUGCCCACAGUAGUAGAUAUGAUGGUCAUCUGAACUGAAUUCGCCCAUUCCCGUCCAUUUUAGUUCACUGAUGCCCAGGAUGUCAAUAUUUAUUCUUGCCAUCUCAUUUUUGACCGCAUCCAACUUACCCACGUUCAUGGUUCUUACAUUCCAGGUUCCUAUGCAAUAUUUUUCUUUACAGCAUUGGAUUUUCCUUUCGCUUCCUUUCGCUUCCAGGCAUAUCCGCAACUGAGCGUCCUUUCGGCUUUAGCCCAGCCGCUUCAUCAGCUCUGGAUCUACUUGUACUUGUCCUCCACUCUUCCCCAGUAGCAUGUUGGACGCCUUCCGACCUGAGGGGCUCAUCUUCCAGCGUCAUAACUUUUAUAUGCCUGUUGUCUUUGUCCAUGGAGUUUUCUUGGCAGGGAUACUGGAGUGGCUUGCCGGUUCCCCCUCCAGGUGGAUCACAUUUGGUCAAAACUCUCCACUAUGACCUGUUCAUCUUGGGUGCCCUGCUCAGCAUAGUUCAUAGCUUCUCUGAGUUCUUCAAGCCCCUUCGCCACGGCAAGGCAGUGAUCCAUGAAGGGGAAAGAAAGCCUACACCAGACUGUACAGUAAAGUCAGGGUUUUUUUCCCUAUGUGCAUCUGUUUACAAUUACCUUUGCAUGAGAUGACUGCCUUCCUCAGCAAGCUUAGUUUCUGAUUAUGUUUAACCAUUCUGACUUUAAUUAUUUCCCACACCAUUUUACUUGGGGCAGAUGUUAAUGCUGGGUCCAUCUCCCCCCUGCAUCCUGUUCCAUGAUUGCUAUUCCUUUGGCUACCCUCUGUGCCUCCAUUAUGGACCCCAGUUUCAGGCAGAACAUUCAUUUUUUUUUUAAUAAUAUUUUUUUUUAUUGCUUUUUUUUCCAAGGUCAGGAUACAUCGUCAAUUACACAACAAAAGCGAUUUUACAAAGAAAAAGAAAAAAUUAAAUAAAAGAAAAUUCACUUUUCCAAAUCUUUUUUCAUAGUCAACUGGACUUCCCCACAUCUUCCAUCCCUGCAUUCUUUACAAUAAAAGAAAAUUAUACAGCAAAUUAAUACCUUGUUUCAUGUGUUUUUGUACUUUCAUCCAAUUAUAUACUCUAAAUUUAAACUUUUCACAGUCAUAACUUAAUUUCAAUCAUUUUCAAAUCUCAAUACCGAAGCAUGUUUUUCCCAAAACUUAGCAAAUUCUCAACUUUCAUAUAACUUAUAAUGUUUUUGUAGAUAGUCCUUAAAUUUUUUCCAAUCCUCUUCCACUGCCUCUUCUCCCAGGUCUCGGAUUCUGCCAGUCAUUUCAGCUAAUUCCAUAUAGUCCAUCAGUUGCGUAUGCCACUCUUCCAGCGUGGGUAGCUCCUGUGCCUUCCAAUAUUUGGCUAUAAGAAUUCUUGCUGCUGUAGUUGCAUAUAAAAAGAAAGUUCUGUCUUUCUUUGACACUCUCUGGCCUACAAUGCCCAGGAGGAAGGCCUCUGGUUUCUUAUGAAAGGUAUACCUAAAUACCUUUUUCAACUCGUUAUAAAUCAUUUCCCAAAAGGCCUUCACCCUCGGGCAUGUCCACCAGAGGUGAAAGAAUGUUCCUUCAGCCUCCUUACAUUUCCAACAUUUAUUGUCUGACAAAUGGUAUAUCUUUGCGAGUUUGACUGGGGUCAUGUACCACCUGUACAUCAUUUUCAUAAUGUUUUCUUUUAAGGCACUACAUGCCGUAAAUUUCAUACCGGUGGUCCAUAACCUUUCCCAGUCUUCAAACAUAAUGUUGUACCCAAUAUCUUGUGCCCAUUUUAUCAUGGCUGAUUUAACCAUCUCAUCUUGAGUAUUCCAUUUUAGCAACAAGUUAUACAUUCUUGAAAGCACUUUCGUCUUAGGUUCAAGUAGUUCCAACUCUAAUUUUGAUUUUUCCACCUGGAAACCAAUUUUUUUGUCCUUUUUAAAGAUCUCUAAAAUUUGGGCAUAAUGAAACCAGUCUCGCACCUUUCCUUUCAAUUUUUCAAAACUCUACAACCUCCAAGUGUCACCCUCUCUUUCUAUUAUUUCACAGUAUUUUGCCCAGCCACCCCCCAUAUUAAGUAUUUUUGUGGCCUUAGCCUCCAUCGGUGAUAACCACCUCGGAGUCUUGUUUUCAAGUAAGUCCUUGUAUUUAGUCCAGACGAUAAACAAAGAUUUCCUGACAAUAUGGUUUUUAAACAACUUAUGAAACUUUACCUUGUCGUACCACAAAUAUGCAUGCCACCCAAAAGCAUUGUCAAACCCUUCCAGAUCUAGGACAUCAGUGUUUUCUAACAAAAACCAAUCUUUCAUCCAGCAGAAGGAUGCAGCUUCAUAAUACAACCUUAAGUCCGGCAGGGCAAAUCCCCCUCUUUCCUUUGCAUCUGUUAGUAUUUUAAAUUUUAUUCGGGGCUUUUUGCCCUGCCAGACAAACUUCAUAAUGUCCCUCUGCCACUUUCCAAAACACUCCACUCUGUCCACGAUCUGUAGGGCCUGAAACAGAAACAAUAUUCUUGGCAAUACAUUCAUCUUAACUGCAGCAAUUCUUCCCAGCAAGGAAAGUUUCAAUCUUGACCAAAUUUCUAAAUCCUUUUUGAUUUCAGACCAGCAUUUUUCAUAAUUGUCUUUAAAUAGAUUCAAAUUUUUCCCGGUCAAGUUGACCCCCAGGUAUUUCACUUUUUUAACCACAUUUAAUUCUGUUUCCUUUUGGAACCCAUCUAUUUCUGAAGGUGUCAAAUUUUUUGCCAAGACCUUAGUUUUUUGUUUGUUUAACCUAAAUCCCGCCACCCGACCAAACUCAGAAAUUAGUUCUAAAGCUCUUUUUGUGCUGGGUUCUGGCUCCUGUAAUGUCAAAACCAAAUCAUCUGCAAAAGCCUUCAGUUUAUAUUGUUUUCCUCCGACCUGUAUUCCUUCCACCCGCUGGUCCUUCCUAAUCAAGUUAAGCAACACCUCCAGGACAGAAAUAAAUAGCAAGGGUGAUAAGGGGCACCCCUGUCGUGUUCCUUUUUCAAUUUUGAACUCCUCUGUCACCACAUUGUUUACUAUCAAUUUAGCUUUUUGCUCUGAAUAAAUUGCUUCAAUACCAUUUUGAAACGCCCUUCCCACUCCCAUCCCUUCCAAAUUUUUCUUCAUAAAUUUCCAAGAUAUAUUAUCAAAGGCCUUCUCCGCGUCUAUAAAAAUCAAAGCUGCUUUUGUGUUCAAAUUUGUCUGCAAUAACUCCAAAACAUCAACAAUAUUCCUGGUGUUGUCAGACAGAUGCCUGCCAGGGAGAAAGCCUGCUUGGUCUUUAUGAAUUACUUCGUUUAAAACUUUUUUCAGUCUAUUUGCCAAGAUAUCAGCAAAAAUUUUAUAAUCCACGUUUAGGAGUGAGAUGGGACGGUAGUUCUUAAGUUGAGUCUUUUCAGAUUCCAAUUUUGGUAUCAAAGUGAUGAAUGCCUCUUUCCACGAUUCUGGUGCCCCCUUCCCUUCCAUAAUUUGGUUACAUACCUCCAUUAGUGGUUGAGCCAAAUAUUCCUUCAAUGUCUUAUAAUAUUUGGAGGUAAGUCCAUCUGGGCCUGGGGAUUUGCCUAAUUGCAUGUUCUGAAUGGCACUUUCAAUUUCCUGUUGUGAUAUUUUGUAAUUCAGGGCUGUUUGUUUAUCUUGUGUUAGUUUUUGCAGGCCAUGACUUUUUAAGAAUUUAUUUAUCUCAGUCUCCACUUGGGGUCCUUGAGUAAACAAUUUUUUAAAGUAUCUCUGGAAGCACUUUCUAAUUUCUUCUGGUUUCUGAAUACAUUCUCCUUCAACCUCUAGAUUGGUAACAAAGUUCAAUUUUUGUCUCUUUUUCAGCUGCCAUGCCAGCAGCUUCCCACAUUUAUUUGCCGAUUCGAAUGAUCUUUGUUUCAUCUGUUUAAUUUUCCAUUCAACUUCUUGAUUUAUCAGUUUCGCAUAUUGUGCUUGAUGGAAUUUUAUUUCUCUUAAAACCUCUUUUGAUUUUGGAUUAAGUCUCAACUUUUUCUCUCCGUCUCUUAUCUUCUCCAAAAUCUUGUCCUUUUUACCAUUCCAGAGUUUUUUCUUAAUAGUAUUCUGUUGUAUCAGGAACCCUCUCAUAACAGCUUUACUCGCGUCCCAGAUUGUUUUCUUUUCCACCGAAGUGUUCAAAUUUAUUUCAAAGUAAUCUUUCAUCGUUUUUUGGGCCUUCUUCACAAUCUCCUGAUCUCUAAACAAGGAGUCAUUCAUUCUCCAUCUGAAGGAUCCAGCUGGUGUAAGUCUCAAGUCUAUUUUCAAAGCGUUAUGGUCGGAGCAAGUUUUGGGGCAGAUCUCUAUUUUUUUAGUCUUAGGUGCCAGUCCUCUAGAUAUCCAGAUUUGGUCGAUUCUUGUCCAGGAUAGGUGGGCCUCAGAAAAGAAUGUUCCCUCUUUACCUAGAGGGUUCUUUAUCCUCCAAAUAUCAAUCAAGUCCAUAUUGUCUGUAAGUUCAAAAAAAGUCUUUGGUAGUCUGCCAUCUUUAGUCAAGUUUUGAUUUUGUGACUUAUCCAUGUGCGUGGAGACAACCCCAUUCAUAUCUCCCAUCAGAAUGAUGUUAGUAUAGUCAAUAUAGUCCAGCAUUAUCCCAUGCAGCUUCUUGUAAAAUUCCGAUUUCCCCUCGUUUGGUGCAUAAAUUCCUACUAUCAGAAAUUUUUCUCCUUGUGAUUGUAUUUCAAUCGCCAAAAUUCUUCCUUGUUCGUCUUUAAACACAAAUUUUGGUGCUAGGCUCUCCUUUGCAUAUAUCACUACUCCUCUUUUUUUAACUUUAUCUAAUGAUGUAAAUUCUUGGCCUAGUCUCUUGUUGGUUAGUACUCUUCUGUGGAGCCUAGUCACAUGAGUUUCUUGAAGGCAAAUGACGUCUAAUUGUUCUUUCCUCAAUAUAUGAAAAAUUCUUUUCCUUUUCUCGGGGGAAUUUGCGCCAUUAAUAUUCCAACUAAAAAGCUGCAAAGACAUCCUGGAUCAAUUUGUCAACCGAUGGGGUUGUCUCCCUUGUCGUCUGUGUCCUUUAGAGGUGGAUCUGGUUUUGCACCAGGCAUGGGGGGUGGACAAGUACCUGCUGUUCCUUUCCGAAGGUCCUCCCCGUAAUCGUUUAGGAACUUUUCUUGCUCCUCUGCUGUUCUAAUUUUUACCUUCUUCCCUUUCACACUAAAAGAUAGUCCUUGAGGAAAUUCCCACCUGUAGGGGAUUGAGUUGUUUCUCAGCAAGCUUGCCAGAUCUUUAUAUGUAGUUCUUAAAUCCAACAACUGUUUUGGUAUAUCUCUAAAGAUUUCUGCUGUCUUUCCCUGUAUCACCAAUGAAUUCUUAAAGUGUAGGCCGAGUAUGUUAUCUUUUUCUUGCUUAGAUCUCAAGAUGAUCAAGCAGUCUCUUGGUUUGUCCUUCUUGGCCACUCUUCCCAGUCUAAAAGCGGUGACAAUUUUGAAGUCCUUCUCUUCUGCCAAGCCCCAGAACUUGGAUAUUUCUGCUGUCAAAUAGCCAAUCAGGUCUUCUUUUUCUAAUUCUGGGAUAUUUCUAAGCCUGAGAUUGCUUUCCCUGUUUUUCAGUUCUGCCAUGGACAGGUACGCUUGCUGUUCAGUAACCUGUCUACUCAGUGGUCUUACUUCCCCUCUAAGUUCCUCUAUCCUUUUUUUAUUUAGGUCUGCUUUUGUACUUGCUUCCUCGGCUAAUUUUCGAUUUUCUGUUAUACUCUUUUCAAAAUUUCCUAUUGCCUGUGUAUUUUGGGCGACUUGGUCUGUCAGUCUAUUAAUUGUAGCUGUCACCUGGUCGAAUUUGGUCGCUUGUUCAUCCGCUUUCUUGUUUAAUGCCGCCAGCUGGUCCAAUAUUUCUUUAGAAACAGGGUCUAGCCCUCCUGCAGCCAUAUCCCCAAAAGCUGGCUGUUUAGAUUGACCUUCUUGCAGACCUGUCACAAUUGGAACAGAUGAUCUACGUGGCUGCACAGGCAGAGUUGAUUGCAACAGUUCAGUUUGUUUUGCUUUCUUGGCAGCCCUUGUUUUUGCUGCGCCACUCAUUCCACAGCUGUCCAAGUUUCAAGGUCAAAUUGUAAAUCCCAUGGGAAAAGCAAUCCAAAAAGUAAACAUCCGGGCGCAAAAAAUUCCAAGACAACCAGCAGUUCUCAGAGACAAAUAGUUCCACAAUCCAGCAGGGGGAGCUCCCCAGAAAUUAGGGAGAAGGAUAGAAAUUUUCCACCAUUAAGUUCCCAAAUGAAAAGUUAAGUAAAAUCCAAAACAGGGGGGAGAACCCUCUGGAUUCACUUUAAACUGCAGAGAAUAAAGGUUCUUUACAAAGGUGCACACAACAGUUCCUUUCUUAUAACUUACAAAGUAGCCCAAUUACAGAUGGGUAGCCGUGUUGGUCUGCCAUAGUCGAAAUAAAAAAAUUCCUUCCUGUAGCACCUUAAAGACCAACUAAGUUAGUUCUUGGUAUAAGCUUUCGUGUGCAUGCACACUUCUUCAGAUACACUGAAACAGAAGAAGGAUCUGGCAACUUCUGUUUCAGUGUAUCUGAAGAAGUGUGCAUGCACACGAAAGCUUAUACCAAGAACUAACUUAGUUGGUCUUUAAGGUGCUACAGGAAGGAAUUUUUUUAUUUCGAAAGUAGCCCAAUGUAACUUUAUACCUCUAUACACAGUUACCGCAGUCUGAUGUUACUUUGUAUCCAGACAGCCCGAGAGCUGAGUUCGUAACUUUGUAAUCCACAAAAGGUAGAGAGAAAAAUCACAGUCUCUGUCCACUUAUAAUAUGAUUUUAACUUUUUUUUUUAGCUUUUAGUCAAUCAAGUCCGAAUUUGCAGGGUAUAUUCCAACUUCUUUUAGGCUCCUUUCAGCGCUUCCGUUUUAGUAAGACUUUGCUUAAUACUUUAAACAGAGCCGGAAGACUGACUUCCUUUUUAGCGUCUCCCGCUUUCAGCCGAAAUUCACAAAUUUAAGUUCAAAUAGAGUCAGAUUUCUUACUCACGAGUAAGUUGUUUCAAAUCAAAUGUUGAAAGAAGAAAGGUCAGCGCUCAUCGGCAGCAGCCGCGCGGCUUCACUUCCGCGGAAAGAGCGAUGGAUUCACAGCACCGCUACCCCCUCCACGUUCCGGGGCCCCUUACGGGGUCCCUUCUUCGUUUCCGAGGUUGCUCCUGGUGCCCGCCGAAUCCUACGGCCACGGGCUCACUCUACCCGUGGUUUUUCUGAAUGGGUCGUCGCUAUGCCGCAGCGUACGACCCUUUUCCGCGGAGCCCCUCUUCAGCAGCUGAAGAGGACCGCCAUUGCCGUUUCGCGCCGCCUCCGGAAGUUUCAGGCAGAACAUUCAGAUUCAAUGUUGAAUAUUUUUAUUCUGCUAUUUUUAAGUCCCAUUUACCAAUGUGGAGUUUUAGUUUUCUUUAAUCGGUUCAUCUUACAUUUUUAAUAAUUUGUUACACAAUCUCAUCUUUUACCUGAAAUAAGGAUACAACAGAUGCCAUGUUAAUAAAUGAUAUUAUUCUAACAAUGUUUAUUUGAGGUACAGCAAUCUUGUGCUUAAACAUUUUAUCUUUUAUCUUCCUCAGAUGCGAUGUUCUUCAAACUACAGUUUCAGAAAGGUAAAUUUUUGAUGGAGACCCAUAUUCACAGGAGGGCUGGAGAAUAGUUUUCAAACUGCUCUGGGGAUGGGAGGAGGAGGAUAUGAGUGUGAUGGUAUUGGCACUAGCCAAUAGGCACCCACCACAGCCAGGUUUCACUAAAUAAGCUAUAAACUGGCAGAUCCAGUUUAGGCACAGCUUGUGAAUAUACAAAUGCAGGUGUGUAUAAAAAGGAGAAAAUAACUGAUUUAAAAACCAACAAGGAAGGUAUUCACUGCAGGGAAAGUCUGGAAGAAUGAGAGCAGUGUUCCAAACCUAAAUGCAAGACAAGGAAUCCCAUUUAUUUGAGAGGGAAUCUGGUGGUUCUGGGUAUUUCUUGGAUUAGGAUGUCCAUCGCUGAUUCUACAUCUUUCCCCCAACAGCAAAUGUCACUCUGGAUCCAGACACAGCCCAUCCCAGCCUCAUCCUGUCCAAGGAUCAGAAAAAUGUGAGAUUGGGAGGCAAAAAGCAAAAGCUUCCUGACAAUCCUGAGAGAUUCAACACCUUUCAAUCUGUGUUGGGACAUGAGGGAUUCACAGAAGGCAAACAUUUCUGGGAAGUCACUGUGGAGAGUGGUGGGUGGUGGGAUGUCGGGGUCGCCAGGAAGUCUGUGAGGCGAAAGGGUUGCUUCUCCUUAAGCCCUGAGGGAGGGAUCUGGGCAGUGGAGAAUUGGGGGGGGCGAUUACUGGGCCCGUACCUCCCCUGA